AUGGAAUUCUCAAAUCUCCCGCAUGACAUUCUGCUCGAGGUCUUCAAAAUGUGCCCGCAAUCGGAUCGAGUCAAGGGACGGAGGCUGAGCAAACGACUCAAUCAAGUACUCACAUCGAGAGGAGCGCCGAAACUCGUCGCCGAUGUGUUCAAAGUCUCCGCGGUUGAAAUCGAGGAUCGGUGCGUUCCAAUUGGUCGUUUGAACUUUCACAAAUCGUCGAAAACCCGUCGUAUCGUGAGCAUUUCGCUUAAACGCCAUCAGCGCAACGAGCGCGUUUUCGAGGCGACACCAACCACAUCGAACGCGUCAAAAAUGCCAAAAAUCCCCGAAAUCGUGCAGCAACAACUCGAGCAAGUAAAAAUCGGCUCCGCGUUGAGUUUCGACGGUGCUGCCGUGCAUUGCAACACGCAACUCCUUCACUCUUUGCUCAAUAACGAUCUGAGAUCCGUUUCCUCGCUUUCUUUCACGAUGUGCCACAUUGAGUGGACGGAUGCCGAGUUCUCGCAACUCGUCGCUCACACUUCCCCCGUCGAUCUCGUUUUCGACUUCUGCCACUUUCACGCCGAUUUCCUCACGGAUAAGGUCUUUACGCAAAUGCCCCGGCUACAAUCGUUGAGUGUACAGGCGCGGAGCUGGGCCCGUUUCCCGGCACUGACCGACGAGACACUACAGGGCUGGGCGACGAAUUGCCCGAAAUCAAUCCGUUUGUCGAAUCAAGUCAUUUCUGGUUUCACCCUGGAGGGCAUUCGGCAAUUUGUGCAGAACGCGCCAGAGUCGAACUUUGAGCUCGACCUAGGUCUCAUCGUGGACACCGCGGCGGAGAGUCUGGGUAAAAUCCUGAUGAUCCCAAAGUUUUCGGUGACCAUCUCGGACGAGUACUUGUCGAGGAGAGUCGUUUUGACAAAAAUGGCGAACGGGUCGAGUCUCCCAAAUUUCGUCCACAACUUCUCCAGUGGCUUCCAGGAUCGCCAGAAAUUCGCUCAGAAGAUCUCCUUCUCAGUUUAUACGCCACAAAUCAGCUCAGCUCAA